AUGGCAGGGUGCACUGAGUCCGAAGUCAACCCCGUCGGCAGGCACGGCAUGCACACGUUAUUGAAUCGCGAGGCAGGCCCACCCUCUGGAGGCGAGGGCGGAGAGGUGCCGUGCCAUGCGGGAGGUGAGGCCGUAUCGGCGCACCGUGCACCUCUGCGUGCCCUGGACUCAACCAUCCCCCCCUCCCCCAAACAGGAAGUGCUGCUGCGCCUGGCUGCUACCCCUGCGAGGGCCCUCCCCUUAGAAGCCAGGGCGGAGAGGUGCCGAGCCAUGCGCGAGCUGAGGCCGUGUGGGCGCACCGUGCACCACUGCCUGCUGCCCUGCCGCCACGCCUGCCUCUGCGGGGAGUGCGCCCAGCGCUGCUCCGCCUGCCCCGUCUGCCGCUGCCCCAUCGGCGUCCCUGCUUCCGCUGCUGCAGCUUCCCCUGCUGCUGCUUCUGCUGCAGGAGUAGCAGCAGGAGUAGCAGCAGGGGAAGAGGGUUCCGCACGGCAGUCCGGCGAGCGGAUUCACAUCCGUCUAUACGACGCCUGUGUAGAUGCCGGCCUUGUCAGCCCUCUCAAAGACGUGGUUAAAGACUCUGGAUGGGGGGGCGGAGCGGCAGGGGGAGCAGCAGGGGGAGGCGGAGGGGGGAUUGGGGGCCUGGGGGCGGACGCUCAGGGGUGUCCCAUGGACGUGCGGCGGCUCUUUGCCCUCUUUGACAUUGCGCUGGACCGCGGGCUUGUUACUCUCAUCUGCCACUGUGAGUGGGGGGAGGGAUAUGGUGGGCCGGAGCAGCAGGGGCCUGGGGGCGGACGCUCAGGGGUUGGGGGGAGGGAUAUGGUGGGCCGGAGCAGCAGGGGCCUGGGGGCGGACGCUCAGGGGUGUCCCAUGGACGUGCGGCGGCUGUUUGCCCUCUUUGACAUUGCUCUGGACCGCGGGCUUGUUACUCUCAUCUGCCACUGUGAGUGGGGGGAGGGAUAUGGUGGGCCGGAGCAGCAGGGGCCUGGGGGCGGACGCUCAGGGGUGUCCCAUGGACUCACCCCCUGCCUGUCUCGACCCACCUCUCCUCGCCACUAUUCCGCGCACCGUGUCGAGUCAACCCGUCUUAACCCCCCUCGUUUUCCCCCUCCUCCCCUGUUUCCAACCCAUCUUUCGCUCCUCCUCUUCCCCACCCCACCACCAUCAGACGUGGAGGAGGUAUGCUUGGACGAGGCAGUGGUCUCCAGUGAUCCACUGCUGCCACUGCAUCCUGCCUCUCUUUCAAUCCACCUUUCCCCUAUACCUGACCCCCUCUCCUCCCCCACCCACCCCACCACCAUCAGACGUGGAGGAGGUAUGCAUGGACGAGGCAGCGGUUUCCAGUGGCCUGGCGCUGGCUCUCCUGCUGCCUCUCCUCUCCUCACUGGAGACCGCUACCUCUCCUCAUACGUAUUUUCCCUUGUCCUGUCCCCUCCUCCUGUCCCCAUCAGACGUGGAGGAGGUAUGCAUGGACGAGGCAGCGGUCUCCAGCGACGCGGUGCUCUCUGCUUCCCUUGGCCCUCCACUCCCCCCGUUCUCUUCCCCCCCACCUCUCACCACAUCCCCCCACCUUCAACAGACGUGGAGGAGGUAUGCAUGGACGAGGCAGCGGUCUCCAGCGACGCGGUGCUCUCUGCUUCCCUUGGCCCUCCACUCCCCCCGUUCUCUUCCCCCCCACCUCUCACCACAUCCCCCCACCUUCAACAGACGUGGAGGAGAGCAGCAGCGGUUUCCAGCGAUCCAGUGCUCUCUCUCCUGCUGGACCCCAGGCUCGUGCUCGAAUGGGCGCAGAGGACCUUUACUGGGAUCAAGAGGACGCUCUGGGACCUUUACGCCUCUGGCAUCACUGAUCGUCGCAUGGAUGAUGCCACCUGCCUGGCCAUGCGCCUUCAGGGGAUUUCUCAGGUGCUGGCAACACUGCAGGGCGCAGACGACCCCCUGGCGCGGCAGCAGGCGCAGAUGCAGCAGGGGGAGGCGGAGGGGGGGAGAGGGGAGAGCGGAGGAAUGGAGGGGCGCAAGGGGCAUGAGUGGGAGGCUGGGAGGCUGGCGGAAGCUGUUGCAAGAGCAUCCCAGGUGCGCGCAUUGGAAGGGGGAAAGUGGGGGAAAACGGGGAAGGGGUGGGAGAGGGGGAGGGGAGGGGGUGAGCGCAUUGGAGGGGGGGGACAGGGGGAAGGUUUGGACGGGAGGAAAGGUUGGGCGAGGGGCCACAGAGAGGUGCAAGGGGCGUGGGUGAGAGUGGCGGAAGCAGCUGCGAGAGCAUCCCAGUGGUGGGGUGGGGAGGGCAGUGGUGGGGAGGGAAGUGGUGGGGAGGGCAGUGGUGGGGAGGGCAGUGGUGGGGAGGGCAGUGGUGAGGAGGGCAGUGGUGGGGAGGGUAGUGGGGAGGGCAGUGGGGACGGCAGUGGGGACGGCAGUGGUGGGGAGGGUAGUGGGGAGGGCAGUGGGGAGGGCAGUGGGGACGGCAGUGGGGAGGGCAGUGAUGGGGAGGGCAGUGGGGAGGGCAGUGGGGAGGGCAGUGGGGAGGGCAGUGGGGAGGGCAGUGGGGAGGGCUGUGGAGAGGGCAUCUGGAGGUCAUUCACUGGGCUGCCAAGAACCGAUUCUUCGAGGGCCUUCCUCCCGGCCACUCCAUUGUACGCGAUGCAGUGGGCUGCUGCCAAGAACCGUUUCUUUGAGGGCCUUUCCCCCCCUCACUGUCCCCCCCCCUCACUUCCCGCUUCUCCUCAUUCGUUCCCCCUUUUCCUCUGUCCUUCCCUCCCCCCUACAGCAUCUGGACGUGAUGCAUCACUGCAUCACCAUCUGGACGUGAUGCAGUGGGCUGCCAAGAACCGAUUCUUCGAGGGCCUUCCUCCCCGCCACUCGUCGCACGCCACGUGGCGCGCCGUGAUUCGCCAGAGGAAGCAGGCGGCAAACGAGACGGCCUGGCCGGAGUUCCUUAGCGUAUCUGCUGCUGCUGGCGCUGCUGGCACAGUGCUUGGAGCAGGGGGAGGGGGGGGAGGCAAGGGAGGGAGAGCAGGAGGGGCAAAGGAACAGCAGCAGCAGAAUGGGAAGUUGUUGUUUAUUGAUGACGCAAUAGACAACCUCAAGGAAAGCAGCAGAGAAGGCAGUAAGGAGAGCGCAAGUGGUGCAUCUUGUGCGAAUCCCAUAUCUGAUACCCCCUCGCUGUUGAGUUGCGACCAGCUUGACUUGCUGUCUCUCAAGCAACCAGUACCCACCACCCCACCUGCUGCUUCCGGGAAGUUUCUCCUGCAGGGAGGGAGUCCUGGGUUAGUGGGUGGAGGAGGAGGAGCAGCAGCAGCGGCGGGGUUUCAAUACCCGCCGGAGAAUUUCCGGGCAGCGGUCGAUUUUUUGUUUUUGGAGGCGGGUGCUGAUCGAGCUCUGGCCAAGAAAGCAAUUCUCCUCUAUUACCUCAUUGAUCGCUUCUACCAGGGAGGGCAGGGCGAGGGGCAGCAGCGGUGGCGGGGGCUGGGAGGACCAAGUAACCUCCUCUGCCCCAGCUCCCCGUGGGUGAGAGGGGCAGCAGCAGUGGUGGCGGGGGCUGGGGGAGGACUGCGGACGACUGACCCCUUUCUCUCCCCCUCUUCCGCGCCCUCUCCCCCACGUUUCCCCCGCCUGUUAUUUCCCCAGUUCCUAUACUACCUCAUUGGUCGCUUCUACCAGCCAGGGAGGGCAGGGCGAGGGGCAGCAGAGAAGAGAUGGCGGGGGUUGGGGGGAGGACUUCGGACGAGCAUGGACGUGGGUGAAGGCCACGUGUUCCUAUACUACCUCAUUGAUCGCUUCUACCAGGGCGGGCGGAGCGAGGGGCAGCAGCGGUGGCGGGGGAUGGUGGAGGACUUUGGGGCGUGCAUGGACGUGGGCGACGGACACGUGGUGGAGACGAUGGUGAUGGUGUUACUAGAUGAACAGAGCCAGGAGGCAAGGAUGCACUAUACAGGGAUGGUGGAGGACUUUGGGGCGAGCAUGGACGUGGGUGACGGGCACGCGGUGGAGACGAUGGUGAUGGUGAUGGUGAUGGUGGAUGAGCAAACAGAGGAGGGAUUGAAGGAGGCUUGCUCGCUGAUACCCCACCUCAUCUCCCUCUCCUCCCCCUCCUCUUCCUCCUCCUCCACGGCCCCUCCCAUCCAUCCCCGAAUCGCUCGAGUCCUGAUCGAACGAGGCAAGCCCGAGCCUGCGCUCCAGAUCCUCCGAGCCUGCAGCCCAGGCCCGGCAAUCUUCCAAGCCAGCAGCACCCCAGGCUCGGCGGCAACCCCCAUAUUUCCGGACCUGGCGGUGCCUCUGGAGGAAGCGGUUACUGCGCUGCGAGUGCUUAUAGAGAAUCGGCUCUUAACAGAGGCUUUCCUGUACCUUAGAGCCUACUGCAAGCAACCACAUGUCAACGACCCCUCUUCUCCCCACCUAUAUGCUGACGCUACUGAUGCUGCUGCUGAUGGUGCGGAUGCUUCUGUUGCUGCUGCUGUUGAGAGUGCUACUAACGAAGCAGCCAAGGGUGUUUAUACAGAAGCAGUGGAUGUGCUUGUAUCGGAGCUCUUCUGGCUAGCAGUGAGACACCAGGCAGUGCCCGAGGUGCUGGCGUUCCCCUGGAGGGGCAGGGAGGGAGCAGUGCUACAGCGCUGCUUGUUAACUCGCACGGCACAGCAGCCAGAGGGGGCAUGCGGCACGCUUCUCGUGCUCUUCCAUGUGGAGAGGGCACGGUACAAGGCAGCACUGUUGGCGCACAAGCAAGUCUGGGCUAUAGAGGCAGCAGUAGAGGCAGAGCAGGAGAGUGAAGAUGCCAAUAACGGGGAUGAGGAGGGGCAGCAGGAGGACGGACAGGAGGGAGGGAGUGAGGAUGGAGAGGAGGAGGAAGGAGGAGGAAGUCCUAUGGAUGCUUCAGCUGGUUCUGCUGCUGCUGCUGGUGCUGCUGCUGGUGUUGCAGCGAAUGGAGCAAGAAAAAGGAGAGGGGCGAAGGGAUUGACGGUUCGGCUGCGCGAAAAGAGGAUAAGGCUGCUGGAGUCAGUGCUUCGACUCAUCGCUCCUUCCGAGCACCAGCAGAUCGUCCAAGCACAUGGCGAACCCUCUGCCUUCCCCACCACAACCACCACAGCCAUCCCAGCCAGAACAGGACUAGUCAAGCCAGACGCCAGAAGUCAACCCAAAGCAAUCACCAAAGUUCCUUCCGCUGCAGCCCUGCCACGCAAGCCCAUGCAGCCAGUUCAGUCGCCUUCAGCUAAGGCCUCCUCUCCCAAAGCUGCUCCCGCACCCCACUUCGGCUCUCCGAUACUUUGUGGUGGGGCGGGUGCAGCAUCCCUCUCAGGUUCUCCCCUCUCGUUCCCGAAAUCCUCUAGCAAAUCUCAACAGCAGCAGCAACAUCAGCAGCAGCAGCAGCAGCAGCAGCAGCAGCAGCAGCAGCAGCAGCCACCACUGUCACUCUUCUCCUUUCCAGCAGCUCCUGCCUCCCCUCCGCCUUUCACUUCAACUGCUACAGCUGCUCCCACUGCUCCCAGCCAAUCAGAGCUCCCGCUUCAGCGAAAACUUUUUGGAUCUGGGCAGUUUGGGCAGCAAGGACCCGUAGGCACCAGUCCAGUGCCCUUAGCAAGAGGGGCAACAGCGCCAGUACCCCUGGAAAAUGCGCAGGUGUUGCAUCAGAACCCCCUGUUUGGCAUGCGGGUUUCUCAAGACGGAUCAGAGCCUGAUACCACACAGUCACAGGAGAAUGCCAGGGGUGGGACAGAGGGAGGAUUGAGUGGUGCUGGUGGUGAUAAGGGCCCGAGUGCUGCUGCUGCUGGUGGUGGUUCUUCUGCUGCUGCAACAGCUUCAGCUACUGCUGCUGCUGCCGGUCCUGCUGGUUCGGCAGCCCCGUUGUUUGGUUCGGGAAGCAGUUUGUUCGGAGGGGGUAGCCAAUCAGGAGGAAGCGCUUUGUUCGGGAGAGGUGGGGUGCCUUCGUUUGGUAAGCCCAAGGGCGUGGGUCAUUUCACCACCAGCACCACCACCGGCAACGAGCCUGCUGCAGCUUUCAAGGACUCGGUUGGUGUGUUCAGGCCCUUUCCUGAGCGCUCGCGGUUGACCCCUUUUCUGCCUGCUCCAACGGAGACUGAUAGCUCCAAGACUGUCAAGUCCCCUGCAGUUCAUGGCAUUGACAAGACGGUGUCGUCAGAUUCUGGUGGUUCUGGACUGUCUGCAGAAGAUAAAGCAACCAUACCUUCCGUGGGAGUAACUGAUGACGAUGGUUUCAUUGAUUACGAUUCGGAUGAGGAAAUGGUUAUCGACUUGGACAAGGAAGCUGGUCUCGGUAGAAUAGUCAAGACAACAGUUAAAGGGACUGGACUAGACCUCACACUGGUUGCCGUUUACCUUCCGUCACACAUUACUCCUCGCUCCGCCUUCAUCAGAGAUGUCCUUGGCCCGGUCAUUGACACAGUUCCGCCUUCCUCUCACCUUCUUAUCAUCGGUGACUUGAACCUGACGGACGAUCCAAAGCUGGACAGAUCCUCAGGCUCAGGCUCGUCGACUGAAAAUGAGAAGCUCCUCUUGCGCUGCACCACUUUCCAACUUUCCGACGCCUUUCGCACUCUGCACCCACGGGACAGAGAAUACACAUUCUAUGCGCACUCGCAUCGCUGCAGCACUCGCAUUGAUCGUGCACUUGUCUCACAAUCGCUUUUAACUCACCUUGUUACCGCCAGGCAUGACAUGCCGAAGGAGCCCAUCUCGGACCAUGGUUUCGCGAUCCAAGUUGCUUUCCGUCUGGAUGAGAAAAUCUGCACAGGUCCGGGCAUCUGGAGGCUUCAUGCCUCGAUGGUACGGAGGCCGGGAGUGCGGAAGAUUAUUGAGGCUACAGUUUGCAGAACGACGGUGAAAGAUGGCAGCAGCUUUGAGCUCCUACUUGCUCGGCUGGGGGCUGGUUUAAGGGCGUAUGCACGGGAGGAAAGCAAACGUGUUAAGAAAACACUGGGUCAUCUGGUCAGCAUGGUUGCGCUGCUGAAACAAGAGUUGAUGCGGAAUCCGACAUGCAGUAUUACACGGGAUGCGCUUGCAGCUAAGGAACUGCAGCUGAAAUCGUACCAGGAAGCGAGGAGGGAGAGGCUGCACCUGCAGGCCGGAUUGAAAGAGGAGCUGACCGGUGAAAUCGCCUCAAAACAUCUGUCUGCAAAAGUCCGAGCGAGGAAGGCUCGCACUCAAAUCAAGGAGCUGAGGGAAGGUGGUCGCACGGUGACUGGGGUGCAGCAAAUUCUUGGUGCUGCGUCGGUCUUUUUCAAUAACAUCUUCGGCACAGACCGACGUACGGAUUUCUCGAGCUGGGUGUUUAAUCCAAGCCGGUGCUUGGGGAAAGAAGCAGAGGACAUGUUAAAGGCAGAUUGGUCAGAGCAGGAAGUUAAAGCAGCUUUCACAUCAAUGGCGAGGAACAAAUCACCAGGGAGGGACGGUCUUCCCAAGGAGCUGUUCGAGUGUCACUGGGACCUGCUGGGGGAUAGUUUCAUGGCUAUGGUCAAAGACUUCGAACGGUCAGCUUCGCUCCCGGGGGAACUCAAGGAGGCGGUCACGAUCCUGUUGCACAAGAAGGGUGACAGGGACCAGUUAAAUAACUACAGGCCCAUCACGCUUCUCAAUUUCACAUAUAAGGUGCUGGCAAAAGUAAUGGCGGACAGAAUGAAGCGGGUCCUGCAUCAAGUCAUCUCACCGGAGCAGUAUGGUUUUAUCCCGGGGAAGCGACUGUCUGACGCGGUCGCGCUGGUGGCUGACGUCAUUGAUGUGGCGAGAAACGAGAAGGCGGACUGGUACAUGCUAUUGGUUGAUUUCCAGAAGGCCUUUGACUCGGUGUCAAGAGAUUUUCUCUUCCAGGUGCUUCGAAAAAUGGGGUUUCCGGAGCGAUAUGUUGGCUGGAUUGAGGGCCUGCAUGAAAACACCACGACGAAGCUGCUGGUUAACGGCUGGCUCGGGGGAGGAUUAACUGUGGUCUCGGGGGUACGGCAGGGUUGCCCUCUUGCCCCUUACCUCUUCCUGUGUGCGGUGGAGCCUUUGGCUCAGGAGGUGGAGAAGGCAAAGCUGGGGCUUGACAAGGAUGGGCAGCAGCUGAGCUACCUCAGUUACGCUGAUGAUACGACGCUCAUUCUGCAUGGGAAAGAGCAAAUUGUUAAGGCGGAAGAGAUUUUGGACAAUUUCGAAAAAGCAGCAGGUCUGGCAACAAAUAAAGGGAAAUCCGUGGUGUUACCUCUGGGGAUUAAUAUCGGAGAGGCGGCGGACGGCUCGUCUGACUUCAAAUGGGCCGGUGCAAAUGACGCUGAACGCCUGCUGGGGGUAUGGGUGUCUCCCUCGGGGGAUGGGCAAGCGACAUGGGAGAAGGCAAUCGGUCGUGUCGCUGAAAAGUUGGUGAAAUGGAAGCAGAAGUACCUGACGACGGCGGCGCGUGCAUCGGUGGUGAAUUUUUACAUUACUCCGUUGAUCGCGUUCCAAGCUCAAGUCUACCCGCCGUCUGCAGAGGUCUGGGAGGACUUGGUGCGUAUGCUGCAUGGUUUCUUAUCUGGCAACAGAGUAUCAGCGGCAAAAGGCUUCUUUCUCUGGAGCAAAGUUCUGCUAUACACGACGAGAGAGGCGGGCGGAAUUGGAGUUAGAGACCCGGAGAUCGUUAUCACCUGUCUGGCGGCGAGAAGGGCGGGAUUAUACGUCACGGAAAAAAACUACUUAAAGAAAGAUUUGAUGGAGCGGGCGGCGAAGCUUCCUCUGGGCGUCGACUCGUUUGGGGCCCAUGAAAAGCUCUUCAAAAACUGGGAAGGCGGAAGUGUCCGCUGGAAGCAGACGUGCGAAAGCCUCUCCGGCUCGCCGCUGUGUCUACGUGGUCCAGCCAGAACGAGAGAAGAGAUCCUACAGGAGCGGGUUGUUUUUAACAAAAACAUACUGAUGCGCGGGACCACUCCGAUCGGGGGACAAAAGGAUGCCAGGAAGCUAUGGGACCUGUGGCUUGGGGAUUUAUUCUCACGAAGUGAGGAUGGGGUGCUAUUGCAGAAGUCGGUUGCAGAGCUAACGGCACUCCUGGGCAGCAGUGCCCCGGCGAAGCUGGCACUAAAAGCUGUGGGGUCGAUACCAGCUAGGUGGAGCAGAGAGUUAGGCUUUCCGACUGUACUCCCCUGUUCGGCUGACUCUCUUCAGCAGUUGGUGAUCCUGGAGGAGGGGCACAUAAUUCCCUUGAAGAAGAUGAAGGAGAGUUGGGUAGAGGCUCGGAAGGAAUCCUACAAGCGUGCAAAAUGGGCGGCACGCUGGGGUGGAGUCAUUGAUUGGAAACGGGCUGUGAACACGCGAGACUCGCUGGCGGUUCCUAACCGUCCACGUGAUGUGCUUACCAGAAUUCACGGUCUGAAUCUGCAAGUGGGGGAGAGACUGGCGUUCCUCAGCAGCAAGCCGGUGUGCCCUUAUUGCGGGGAAACUGAGACUUUGGAGCAUUGCCUGGUCCUCUGCCCCAAGAUCCAGAUGGUUUCCGGGGCCCUUCGGCGCGCUCUGGGCAUGCUAAAUCCCAGCCGCACGACAGUCACGCUGGGUGAUCUUCUGUUUCAGGAGGCUGGAACCAGCUCAGCUUUUCCGGAGCUGACGCUGAUAUCAAUCACUUUGCACCAAUUAUGGCUCGAGCGGUGUGAAGCGGUCUUCAGGGGGCAAAAGUUUCGGACACAACGAGUCUUGAGACGGAUUGAGGUGGCAUUUCGGCAGCAUGUGAGACUGUACAACCACAGAUCGGGGCCAACGUGGCAGAAGCGGAGGCAGCAAGAUUCAUCGGAGGAGCGGAACAUGCUUGGGAAAAUCAGGGAGGAUGGCAAGGGAAGGUGGAAGAGUGGCUUUGCAGCAUUAUGGUCGGCACGGAGGGCCAACAACACUUGGCCCUAG